AUAUUUGAAGAUCCUGGGUUUGGCGACCAACUUCUCAAGACACUGGAUGGCAAACUGGCAACUAUUGAGUCAAGCUGGAAUGCACAUUGCAGUCUCGAUACCAUCGUUACAAUUGGCCUUCGCAUUCUUUCCCUUUCGAAGGGUGCUCCCAGCGUUGAGCAGGUGGUAUCUUUCUUAUGUCGCUGCCGUGAAGUGGCGAGUAAGUGGUUCGAGCAACUAAAUAAGAUCUUUACCGCCUCGCUGGGUUGGAAAGCAAAGGAUGCUACCUACGACGUCGAAUGCAGGCACAUGGCUGCGAUGCUUCAGGAUUCCCAGGAUCUUUCCUGCCUCAUCCGGUCCUCGGUCAUUCUCCGGGAAACCCCACCGCCAGAAUUGGACUCAUUGCCAUGCGAUAUUAGGGCUACCCUGAUCAGUGUGGAGAAGGUUCGCCAUAGGCUGGAGAAAAGGAUGCUUGGUUUCAUCACCAAAGACCCUUCAGGGAGGAAUGAUGCCAUCCAAAAAAGUGGGAGCUCGUUGAAGAUGACUGGAAGCUGGACCGAGAACUCCAAGGACAAGAGACGGCUACAAAAACACAGAGACAACAAUCGAGGAUGA